AUGUUUCCUGUCGUACAACUCGUGGCUUGUGCCCUGACAUUCUCAGAGGUCUUCGGCGCUGCCUACUUCUAUGGACCCCACCAGAACCCGGUGGCGAUCUACUCACCCUACGACUACUAUUAUAUACGGAACCUCCAUAGAAUUCAAUGGGCCGCUCCUGCGGAUGCUCCUCCCGUCCUGACCGCACCCUACGUCCCGGCUACCGUGGAAAAGAGCCAAAUCGUUCCAUCAAGGGCUCCGGUCGCCGCAGCCCCGAUCUCCGCAGCCCCGAUUGCCGCGGCUCCGACCCCGGCCCCCGUCGCCGCCCAGGAGGGUUACUCGUUCAGUUAUGAAAUCGAAGCUCCCGAUGGACGCCAAUCCCGCCAGGAAUCUGCCGACGGCGCUGGGAACGUCCAAGGAUCUUACUCGUUCAGCUUGAACGACGGCCGUCAGAGGACAGUAAAUUAUUCCGCCGGAGCCGAUGGAUUCAACGCUAUCGUGGACACCAAUGAACCUGGAACCGAGCAGAAGAACCCCGCCAAUGUGAUCAUCGCCAAUUCCGCUCCCAUGCCUCAGGGACCUGCUAAGUUACCUACCCCGAAAGGUGAAUACAUCAGCUCAACCGAGAUGGUAUCUUCGAGUUUGGUUCCUCUUCGCCAUGUGCCCGAUGUGUUGGAAGACCUGACAUCCUUCAUUCUACUUCAUGUUGAAACGGAAGGACUCUUCAGAAUCGGAGGGAGCACCGAGCGGAUUCGAGUUCUUCAGGAACGACUCUCCAAAGGGGAACGGAUUCCGCAAGAUCAGCCAAUCCAAGACGUGUGCACGAUUCUGAAACGAUGGCUUCGGAAGCAGAGCAUAUUCGAGAAAUGCUGUCGUCCUGUUCAUCCUCCUGAGAGCAUGGAGGAUCUCCAGCUGACGCUGUCAUCGAUGCCGGCGCACAAUGUGUUCACCCUACAGCAUUUGUGCAAGUUUCUGCAAAUCGUUGCCGCUCACUCCGAUGUGAACCUCAUGGACAUUGACAAUCUGGCCAGCAUUCUUGGAGAGAGCGCUUUCUCCACGGAUUGCAAGAUCAAGGAAGUCAUCAGCGCGGAACAGCUGCGAGCGCAAACCGAGGUGGCUAAGCAGAGUAUGAAGCUGCUGGUGAAGAACGCCGACCUCAUUCAAGCCUUUGCUCUCGACUCGUGUAGAACGCCCGACAGACCCCGCGAGCGCGAGCUGAAAAAAAGUUUCACGACGCGCAUGAAGCAGUACGGCUCCACGCUGAAGAAUCUCACGCUCAAACGGAGCCGGUCCCUGUCCCUCGAACCCAAGCCGGAAUUCGUGCCGUUCCCAUUAAUUUUGCAAAGUGAGGAGCGCAUCCGACUCCGGGAGCGCCGCGGGACCAUGACGCAAGACACCAACGAACUCAUGGAGCGACGGAACAAGGCGCUUCAGAGGAAGAAUGAUCAAGUAGGACAAAUUCAAAUGAACAACAAAGAAAACACGCCUGUCAGGGGACGUGUACUGCGAGACAUCACGCUCGAAGAGCCCCAGCAGCUCGAAUGGAAACUUCUGCCGCGAGCGGGUAGUGAUGCCUCGCCCAAUAGAAGCCUAAGAUACCGGGUGAAUUGUUGAGACUACCAUAGAAUCGCAACCAAUUGUCGACCUCGAUUAGGACUACUAUUUUGUUUUGAUGUGAACACUUUGAAAUUCCUCAAUUGCGUUCUCCUGACAUAUGGUGUCUAGCAGAGGCGUAAAACUAGAGUUUUAGCUAGAUAGUUAG